AUGCUGAUCCAUUGUGACCCACUGCGACCCAGGAGAGAAACUUGCCACGAGCUGCCAACCAGGCCCAGCCAGACCACCGACCUGAGGGGCCCCCCGGGUGAGCAGGGUCCUCCGGGGCCGCCGGGCCCCCCUGGAGUCCCGGGCAUCGACGGCAUCGACGGUGACCGAGGUCCGAAGGGUCCCCCGGGCCCCCCGGGCCCCCCGGGAGAGCCGGGAAAGCCGGGAGCUCCGGGGAAGCCUGGAACGCCGGGAGCAGACGGAUUAACGGGACCUAAUGGAUCUCCUGGCUCUGUUGGACCGAGAGGACAGAAAGGAGAACCUGGCGUGCCGGGACCUCGUGGAUUUCCAGGCCGUGGUAUUCCUGGACCUCCUGGUCCUCCUGGGGGAGCAGGACUCCCCGGAGAGCUUGGCCGUGUUGGACCAAUUGGUGACCCUGGGAGAAGAGGACCACCGGGCCCCCCUGGUCCCCCGGGACCCAGCGGAACAAUUGGCUUUCAUGAUGGAGAUCCAUUGUGUCCCAAUUCCUGUCCACCGGGUCGCUCUGGAUAUCCAGGCCUGCCAGGCAUGAGGGGUCAUAAAGGGGCUAAAGGAGAGAUCGGUGAACCUGGAAGACAAGGUCACAAGGGUGAAGAAGGAGAGCAGGGUGGACUAGGACAGGUUGGAGCUCAAGGACCUCCGGGAGCUCAAGGUUUGAGAGGCAUCAUUGGCAUAACUGGGGCCAAAGGAGAAAAAGGCGCUCGGGGCUUAGAUGGAGAACCGGGACCACAAGGUCUCCCUGGUGCACCUGGUGAUCAAGGACGGCGAGGACCUCUAGGAGAAACAGGUCCCAAGGGAGACAGAGGGGCUCAAGGUUCUCGAGGAAUUCCUGGUCUCCCUGGGCCCAAGGGCGACACGGGCUUGCCAGGUGUGGAUGGCCGGGACGGGAUACCUGGAAUGCCGGGAGCAAAGGGUGAACUAGGGAAACCUGGCCCUCCUGGUGAAGCAGGGUUGCAGGGGUUACCUGGUAUACCUGGAAUUCCUGGUGCAAAGGGUGUUGCCGGUGAAAAGGGUAACACAGGUGCUCCAGGGAAGCCUGGUCAACUGGGGAAUUCAGGCAAACCGGGCCGCCAGGGGCCACCAGGAGAGGUGGGACCCCGAGGACCUCGGGGCCUCCCUGGCAGUAGAGGUGAAGAAGGGCCAGUAGGAGCCCCAGGACUACCAGGUAAACUGGGUUCUCUCGGCAGCCCUGGCCUCCCUGGCUUGCCUGGCCCCCCUGGAUUUCCUGGAAUGAAAGGUGACAGGGGUGUAGUUGGUGAACCUGGUCCAAAGGGUGAACAGGGUGCCUCUGGUGAAGAGGGAGAACUGGGAGAAAGGGGUGAACUGGGAGAUAUAGGAUUACCUGGCCCAAAGGGAUCUGCAGGUAGCCCCGGGGAGCCUGGCUUGAGGGGACCGGAAGGAAGCCGGGGGCUUCCUGGGGAGGAAGGACCACAAGGACCCCCUGGCCCGCGAGGCGUGCAGGGAGAACAGGGCGCCACCGGCCUGCCUGGGAUCCAGGGCCCUCCGGGCAGAGCGCCAACCGACCAGCAUAUUAAACAGGUUUGCAUGAGAGUCAUUCGAGAGCAUUUUGCUGAAAUGGCUGCAAGUCUCAAGCGUCCAGACUCCGGAGCCUCGGGCCUCCCCGGGCGGCCUGGCCCCCCUGGUCCCCCAGGCCCCCCUGGAGAGAACGGUUUCCCAGGCCAGAUGGGACUUCGAGGCCUCCCGGGCAUGAAGGGCCCCCCCGGGGCUCUUGGUUUGAGGGGAGCGAAAGGUGACAUGGGGGAAAGAGGUGAGCGUGGCCCCCCAGGAAGAGGUCCCAAAGGUUUGCCCGGGACUUCAGGUCUCCCAGGUGACCCAGGUCCUGCCAGCUACGGGAGGAAUGGCCGGGAUGGUGACCGAGGCCCCCCAGGGGUGGCAGGCAUCCCUGGUGUACCCGGUCCCCCGGGCCCUCCUGGCCCUCCUGGUUUCUGCGAGCCAGCCUCCUGCACCUUACAGGCUGGGCAGCGGGCAUUUAAUAGCAAAGGUCCGGAUCAAUCAAAGGCUUAG